ACUCGCACGUGACAAAACAAUCGCAAUGAAAUUGCGUAUCGAUGAUAACUAUCGUUUUCCAAAUUGGCUGGCGCAAAUUGUUUGUAAACAAUGUCGAGUAAAUUAGACAAGUUAAAAAAGCAAGUGAUACGGGAGCAACAAAAGCGAAUCAAACCAGGAGAAUGCCAGAAAUAUGUGCGUAUGGUUAUAGACGCUGGUUUCUUGGACAUUCCGGUUGGACAGGAGCUUUUGCAGCAAAUAAACUCCGCCGAUCUGAAGUAUGAAAUUCGCAGGUUGCCCAUCAAAAACUGCAUCAUCUGGGAGCGCAGUAUUGGCCAGCACACAAUAGUUUCAGGAAGUAGCGGUUCUGGCCUGGACGAAGCCUGGAAAAUGGAGAACCACGUCCUCCACUGGAUAACCGAAGCGAAUUUGCAUCAUUCCCAGAAGGAUCAAAGAGCCUGCCUGGGCCACAAGUUGCAGGUUGCAUUUCCCGACUGCCAAUAUACGGUGGCGUUGCCGAAACUGCGCCACAGUAAGCACAGGUCGGGUAGUCAGGAUCCGAGUGGAUUGAUCGAGCUCCAACUGCUGCAGCAACUUCACGUUGAGCAGCUGGCAAGUCCUGAGAGCCAAGAGCUGUUGUGCCUGCUCCGACGCUAUACAAAGGCAAUUGCCGAAGCUCCAUUUAAAAAGCAACGCGAUGAAUCUUUGGGUUUCUUCAAGAAGUACUUGGCCAACGAUAAGAGGCAGUGCGUCCGCGUUGAGCAGGGCAAUGGCUAUGGACGUCUAUGGCAGCAGCAUCUAAAUCGGUUGCCGCUGGUCACGCUCGAGGUGGCCGAAUCCAUCAUAUCUCAAUAUCCCUGUCCCAAGAAACUGUUGGACCACUUUUCCAAUGAUCCUACGGCUGUGCAGUCCCUAGCUGAUUUAAAGAUCAAGCGCUGUAAUGGACCACAGCCCCUUCACACCGAACGACGCAUAGGGAACGUACUCAGCAACAAACUUUACACUUUGUACAAUUCAAGGGAUCCCAAUACUCUGAUUUAGUUUUAGAAUCUUCUCGUGUAUUCGGCUGGUAUCGUAUGUACAAUUAGAGUAAAUAUUACAAGUAAGAUCUAAAUAUUUUACAUUAUUCCUCUGGUCGUAUAUAGUAUAUGUAUAUUUAAAAAUCACAAUAUUCUUAUACGCAUAUCUAUGAAUUUUUAUAUUUGUUGUCGAGCAUCUUUCAAGAUGUUCUGCGAAAAACGAAUAAAAAAAAGUAUGAUAAUGAUUACAAAAGAAAA